AAAAUUCCCUUAUAUGCUUCGACUUUAGUAUCAUUAUGUAAAUUUUAUUUGGCUAACGUCAAGAGCACCCACAAAUAAUUUUAAAAAAUUAGUUGCAAAUUAAAACCCAAACCGUUUAGUCCAUUGUUUGUGAGAGUGAAAUCCGAAGCUCCAAGCGAAAGAUGCCAGUGGCAGUGCGUCUUGUGGAGGCCUUGACCCUGAUCACCAUUAUGGGUCUGAUCACAUGCAUUGGUCUAAGUGUGAUUUUGGCGCAAAAAACCCUUAGUAUUACAAUAACGUUUUUGGAGCCCGCUGCAAAUAUUGCCAAUAUGGCCCUGAUUUUGACUGAGAAAGUGCUGGUGUCUUCUCUGCUCUGUGUUUUGGGUCUGACCAAUGUUGUGGCAAAUGCCCUCCAUGCGGCUGGAAUCGCCUAAAGAACGCUUACUUUUUGGAUGAUUUAUUUUCCCCCACUAACUUUCGGUUUUCUGAUCAAUGUUCGACUGUUGUAUGCCUCAAAAUUCUCAAUAUACGUUUUAAUAUGCCA